AUGAACUUUGGUUACACAAAUCAAGCGCGAAGGUCUUCAAAAACCAAAUUACCUAGCAGCGGGAAAUACGUGUCUUAUAGGACUAAGGGCAAUCCCAGACCUAACGUCGGUCUUCUCGAUCCCUCGUCCACCACUGUUACUCCGCUGCGUUUCCCCGACAAUUCACCUAUUCGAUCGCUUCAUCACCUCAUUGAGGAAUGGGACAAGGUUCAUGAGACCCUCAUACCGGGAACACCUGUAGAAAACGUCAGCGAUGUUGUCCUGCUGGCUCCACUGAGAGGAAGGGAUGUGCUGUGUGUGGGGAAAAACUACCGGGAACAUGCAGAGGAGUUUCACAACAGCGGUUUCGACAAGAGCGACAACAAAGCGCAGCCGGACUUCCCAGUCAUAUUCACCAAACGUGCUAGUUCUAUCAUUGGAAACGGUGCACACAUAUACCCCCAUCCCAAAGUCACACAAUCCGUAGAUUAUGAGGGUGAACUGGCUAUAAUCAUCGGCAAAGGAGGAAUUGGUAUAACCAAAGAAGAUGCCUGGACCCAUGUGUGGGGCGCGACAAUCGUGAAUGACGUGACCGCAAGAGAGAGACAGAGAGAUCAUAAGCAGUUCUAUAUCGGGAAAUCAUUAGAUACUUUCUGUCCUAUGGGGCCAUGGGCUGUUCAAGCUUCCUAUCUUGAUUUCAAGACCAUGCACCUCACUACCCGACUCAACGGCAACAUUGUCCAGUCGCAGAAUACCUCUGAACUUAUCUUUGACAUUCCUACCAUCAUUGAGACCGUAUCGAUGGGGGCCACUUUGCAACCCGGAGAUGUGAUUGCUACUGGCACUCCUGCUGGAGUUUGUCUCUCAACUGGGGUCUACCUCAAAGAUGGCGAUGAGGUGGAGGUUGAAAUUACCGGGAUUGGUAAAUUGAAGAACAGAGUGGUGGACAGGGGAGCUGCGCCAGAGUGUUUGCCUGUACGACUGGGUUGA